AUGACGUCACAAGAAGAGCCUCACACCGACAACAAAGGCUGUGUUCCAUUCCCAAAUAUAAGGCUGGAGAGACAGAGACCGUCCUCCGCGCGCUGCGCGCUCCCGUCUACACUAUAAUAGGUGGACGCCGCUGCGCUCCAAGUCUGUGAGACGGAGCAGAGAGUGGAAAUGAGAGGCGGAUCAUCGCGACUGAAGCAGACAUCUGUGUGGUGCUGAUGGACAACGACGGAGCAGGAGAACUGAAAAUGCAAUUAAAUGAAACUUUUUCUGCUUGUCUUUUGUGACAAAAAGCAGCUUUCUGACUCUGAGGCUGGCAUGUGAGAAGAGCCCAGACAUGUCUGUGAAUGAGACUGGGGUCCAAACAGUGGCUCCAGAGACAUGUGAACUACAGGAGGACAGCACAGGACAUGACAGCGGAGGUUCCAGCAGCAACCUGUCUCUGCACUGCUGGCUGCAGAUCCUCACCAGGGAAUCCAUUAUGGAGUUCCAAGGAGAUAGUUCCAGCGUGGUGCUACGUGUGACAAUAGCGUGCGUGUACUCUAUAGUCUGUGCACUGGGGCUGGUUGGGAACUCUCUGGCUCUGUAUCUGCUGCACUCACGUCACAGGCAGAAGCAGUCAUCCAUCAACUGCUUCGUGAUGGGACUGGCUAUCACAGACCUGCAGUUUGUUCUGACUCUGCCCUUCUGGGCUGUAGACACAGCCCUGGACUUCCGCUGGCCGUUCGGCCGAGUGAUGUGUAAGAUCAUCAGCUCCGUCACCACCGUGAACAUGUACGCCAGCGUGUUCUUCUUGACGGCGAUGAGCAUGGCGCGGUACUACUCCAUCGCCUCUGCACUGAAGAUGCACAGCUGGAGAGCAGCUGCUGCCCGGGCCAAGUGGACGAGUCUUGGCAUCUGGGCCAUCUCCCUGCUGGCCACGUUGCCUCAUGCCAUCUACUCCACCAGUGCCGUGGUGUCAGAUGAGGAACUCUGUCUGGUCCGUUUCCCAGACUCAGGCAGCUGGGAUCCACAGGUCCUUUUGGGUCUAUAUCAGCUACAAAAGGUCCUGCUGGGCUUUCUUAUACCUCUAAUCAUAAUCACCGUCUGCUAUCUACUUCUGCUGCGUGUCAUCCUCAGCCGGCGCAUUGCAGGAGCAGCAGGUCCAGAAGUGAGGCAAGGCCAGCUGAACCGGCGCUCAAAAGUGACCAAAUCCAUCGCCAUCGUGGUCCUGUCCUUCUUUCUGUGCUGGCUUCCUAAUCAGGCUCUGACAUUCUGGGGGGUCCUCAUAAAGUUUGACCUUGUUCCUUUCAGCAAGGCGUUCUAUAAUGCCCAGGCCUAUGCCUUCCCCAUAACUGUGUGCCUGGCUCAGACGAACAGCUGCCUCAACCCGGUGCUCUACUGCCUGGUUCGCAGGGAGUUCCGGGCAGACCUCAAGGAACUUCUCCUCCACAACACGCCAUCUUUCAGCAGUUUGACUCAUCUGCUGCGUCACAAAACUAAAGUGGCCGAGGCACCACCUGUUCUGGUGCUGGUCCAAAUGGAUGUCUGACUCAGAAGACCAUCGUACUGUGGCAAUUUAAAAAAAGGUAAAUAAGAGGGAAGAACUCGCCCCAAAAAAGUAUACUUGCUUGUAUUGAUCUUGAGACGCUUGCUGUGACAUGGUGUUUAUUUCUGCCCUUCCAAAACUGAAAAAUCACGCUUUUUUCUGGCUGUUGAAAGCAACAUAAUGACAGUGGACAGCACCGUGGGGUGUGGACCAAUUUCACAGUAAUCUCCGGGACUCACUUUGCCACAUAUCCUUUUGUUGUUAUGGCAGCUCACUCCUUCAGUCUGUGUCUGCUCUCUGGUUAUACUGGAUGUCCUAUACACAGGUAGCAAUCAAGCUGGGGAAAAUUGGAGUUUUACUGUGUGCCAGUUACUUUCUGUGUUUUGUGUUUGUUCUCCAGUGCUACUGUAUACUAAUAGUAAAGACAACACUUAAACAAAUACUGACAGGAGUAAGACUUUGGCAUAUAGACGUUUUAGAGUUACAUGAAGUACAAUAUAAAAGACGUGGUAAUUGUAAAGUCUAUUAUUAAAUGUUAUAAUAUUGAUGUCAGUCAUUUAGUUUCGGGGCAAAUACUGUAUCAGCAAUCAAUAUGAAAUCCAUUACCUUUGUUAAACAGCUCAUAGCUGAACAAUGAAACAAUAAAAAGCAAAAURUGUGUGAAAAUCUAAAUCAACUCAUGUUCUUUUGAAGACAGGACCUCAUCAGAUAUGAAUGCUGUCCAUGAGGCUCAUAUAAAGUCUGAAAUGAUUUACUGUUUGUUUUAGUGGAUCAAAUCUUCACUCUGUUUGGACGUAAGCUGCUCCGAGAGUCAUUCUCAUGCAGAAAAAUGCAGAUUUCUCAUAGCAAUAGAUGUGUCAGAUUUGGUCAUGAAUAAUUUAGAUUUUUCAUCAAAAUUGUUUUGUUAUUAAUUCAGGCCAUUCAUUCAUGAAAACGGGGCAUUUUUAAUGGAUGACUGGUGCCAAAAAGGGCAUUUCCUUUUUCUGCACAGCCGCUUGCACAGGCGCUAUA